UUGAUAUAUUCUUUAUGUUAUGUCCUUUAGUGCUUACAUGGUUUUGAUGCUGAUUCUGUUGAACUUCUGGUGGUAUACUUUUCUUUAGGCACUUUUCUUUAUUAUUUAUUUCUUUAUAAUAUUUAUAGCCUGCCCUUCCUCUGUACGAUACCAGGGCGGGGAACGGAACAUAACAUGAAAUAAUAACAGACAACCUCGUCAUGAAAUGGACAACAAUGUGUACUAAAAUACACCAAAUAAAAUAAGGUUUUUUUUUUAAAAAAAACAAAACCCUUAAACUUGAUAUGCUGUCAAUUCAACCCAUUUGAUUAACGUUACGCCGUAAAUGCGUCAAGAGCAAUUUUAUAAUUAAUCCACCAAGGGAAGCAUUUCAGGGCUACAAUGCAUUUUUAAAAAUGCUGGUUUUUACCUUGUAAAAUUUAAGAUUUAAAUUUGCCCCUUUAAGAGCUACAAUGCUCCAACUUCCCCAGAGAAAAGGACACUUUGAGAAUUGUAGUUCUGUGAGGGGAAUAGGCGUCUCCUGACAACCAGGGGUGUUGUGGUAAGCUGUGCCUUCGGAUCCCAGACUCCAGCUCCCAUCAUCCCUGACCAUUGGCUCUGUUCGCAGGGGCUGAUGGGAGUUGGAGUCCGGCAACAUCAAGAGGCCUCCUGGUUGGGGAAGGAUGAUAUAUAGCACAAAGUCUGCUCAACUGUUAAAAAAAUUGUCUGCAGACUGUACAUUUCGCUCUUCCUUUGCCUCCUCAAGUUGAGCUGUGGUGAUUAAAUUUCCUAACCAAUUCCAGUUGCUCAGCUGAUAUCUCAUCCGGGAGAUGCACUCUGUCACGCGCCAGAAGGAUUUCUAAUAGAACUGCAACCCAAAUUUCCAGACAUUUAACUUUUUUUAUUUGUAUUUACACCCAGUGCUAUUUUUCUAGUCAAGGUUGGCAGGAUUUGUACUUCUGUAGAAAUUGGAGUUCUUGGUGAAGUCCAGAAAUAAACAGUAAAUUACAAGAACUCGGGCCAGGAGGAAGAUGAAUUUCAAGGAGAAAAUGCCAGCUGCUUCCGUAUGACCUGCAUCUCUCCCGAGACGAACAACAAAAAUUUGCCCCGUACGCCCUGCAGAACGGCCUGUUUCACCGUGAUGUAACUGCAGGCCCCAAAGCCUAGGCCUUUCUUCUUCCGUGGCAGCCGAGGGCAGAAGGAGGAGAAAACAUCUGUAGCGAGACAAAAUGGCAGCCCAACAGAGAGACGCGUUGCCUCUGGACCUGCAGUUCCGGGCUGGGCUCGAACGAGGGGCAAAUUUAGCCCUGAAAAUGGAAGACGCGGAGCCGGUGGGCUUGAAGCAAGAGGUGGAAUUGGAGGGGCAGAGCGCAAGCCCCAGUGCCGCCCAGUUGGGGUCCGACAGGCAAGGCCUGAGAUGGAGAGGACCGCAACACAUCAAGCAAGAACCAGAGGAUGGGAUGUCGUCGCAGCAGUGGGAGGCACAAUGGCAGGAGUUUCUGGGGGGCGUGCAGUCUCCUCGCUCGGGAUGGGGGCCCCCACAGCUUCCGGGCACCGCCUCAUGGGGGGACAUGAAGGCACCCGCGGCACAUUUUGACGGGGGAGCCACAACCAGCCACCGGCCCACGGAAGGGCACUUUGUCCCCCUGCCACCCAGCUUUGACGGGACGGGGCCGCCAGCCAGCCGAGAUCAGAGGAAAGUGAAGGAGGAGAUGGAGAGCAGCGAAGACCCCUCAGGCGCUGAGACGGACCGCCAGCACUUCCGGCAGUUCCACUACCAGGAGGCCGAGGGCCCCCGCGAGGUCUGCAGCCGCCUCUGGGACCUCUGCCAGCAGUGGCUGAAGCCCGAGAGGCGCACCAAGGAGCAGAUCCUGGAGCUUCUGGUGCUGGAGCAGUUUCUGACUGUCCUCCCCCCAGAGAUGGAGGGCUGGGUCAAGGAAUGCCACCCUCACAAUUGCGCCCAGGCGGUGGCCCUGGCGGAGGAUUUCCUGCAGAGGCACCAGGAGGAGGGCAGGCAGGACCAGAAGGGCCCAGGGAUGUUUCACGUGGUGACCGUAAAUUUCCCCGACGCUGAGCAUGCGGCAAGCAGGAGCGCGGAAAGGCAGCUUGGGAGGCCUGUCAAGGAGGAAGUCGAAGAAGAUGGCCGCUCUGUGGAUGAUGGGCAAAUAAACGAGAAUGAGGCGAACAGGUGGAAAACCCCCCAGGGAGCGGAAUCGCACGGGCUCUCGGCAGACGGGGUGGAAGCCAGCCAUUUCCGUGAGAUGGAAGAGAGCUACAAGGGUCAGAGCGGGCCCAAGGGGCCACAUGAGAAUGGCCCGGAAGGGGCCACCGUGGAAGAAAUCCCCCCGGGAGAGAAGCAGUCGCUGUGCUCCAACUGCGGAGGGAGUUUCAACCCCAGCUCGGGGUUCCUCGGGCCGGAGGGCUUCCCCCCGGGUGCCAACCCCUACAAGUGCUCCGUGUGCGAGAAGAGCUUCUGCCAGGUGGCAAAGCUCAUCGCCCACGAGCGCCUGCACACGGGCGACUGGCCCUACAAGUGCUCGUUCUGCGGGAAGAGCUUCAACCGCAGCUCGGACGUCUCCCGGCACGAGAGGAUCCACACGGGCGAGAAGCCCUUCAAGUGCGCCACGUGCGAGAAGUGCUUCAGCCAGAGGUCCAAGCUGAUCGUGCACGAACGCUUCCAUACGGGCGACAAGCCCCACACGUGCUCCUACUGUGGCCGGAGCUUCCACCAGAGGUCGGACCUGGUGAAGCACGAGAGGAUCCACACGGGGGAGAAGCCCUACAAGUGUACCGACUGCGGCGGCAGCUUCCACCGCAGCUCGGACCUGGUCAAGCACAAGUGGAUCCACACGGGCGAGAGGCCCUACAAGUGCUCCACGUGCGAGAAGAGCUUCCGCCAGCGCUCCGCCCUCCUCUACCACGAAAGGACGCACACGGGGGAGAAGCCCUACACCUGCUCCGCCUGUGGCAAGGGCUUCAGCUGCAAGGCGCACCUCGUGCUCCACAAACGGACCCACACCGGGGAGAAGCCCUACAAGUGCAACUUCUGCGGGAAGAGCUUCACCACCAGCUCGUACUUCGUGAAGCACCAGAGGAUGCACUUAGGGCAGGAGGCUUUGCCCGUGCUCUGAGCUGCUCUCGGAAGACUUCCCCAGAGCAGAAGCGCACGAUUGGCAGGAGGACCAUCGCGGGACGUGUCUCUCAUCGGGGCUGUACCAAGGAUCAGGCCGCAGUUGGGAAGCUUCGUCUUUGAAUGCUCCCACUGUACUAUUGUUUUUUAAGACUGUCACCCCGUGCGUAGAAAGCUAGCAUCUCAGGGCCUUUCCCCUGACAUGCUAGGUUUCUUACGUGCAAGAUUUGAGAGAGAGAGAGACAGAGAGGAGCAGUCAAGCAUUUCGUCCUCUACCUGUAGUCGGAAAUGGUGCAGGCCAGCUGCUGGUUGUGAAGACUGGAUUUUAUGUUUGCGAGAGGCGAGAGAUUAUUUGAGGGUAGGCUGGGGCGGGGAGCAAGGGAGGAACCGCCGAAGCCUCGCCGCUUGUGGAAAAAAUAGCCGCAUUUGCUUUCCUGAGGAGCAGAGAAUAUAAAUAAAGCACAUGCCUCAUUGAGCAGACUCGUUUUAUAAAGAUGGUGGAGAGAGGGAGGAACACUACUCAAUUCUCCCAUGAUAUGAGGUUCAGUUUCAAAGUACGAUCCGUUAGAAAGUAUGAUCUGUUAAGUCAACACCACCAAGCAAGACGGAGGAGGUGUAAAGCAGAACCCUAAUAAAUUAUUUGCUGAGCACCUAAAAGCCUAGGCAGUGUACAGAACGCAGAAGAGGCCCUGCCCCAAGCAGGCAUGCAAUGUUAUGUAGGCAGAACAAACACUACUCUACACCAAAACGAACAUUCAGAUUGGAAGGACAGAAAGAAAAGGAGGACCCUGGAAUUAAAACCUUACUUUAAAGGCAAUCAGGACUGGCAAAAAAAGGAGACACUUCACACAGGAAAUAGUGAACUUGUAACGGAACCAGCUGUCGAAAAGAGGUGUUGACGGCAGCCGCCAGCUUAGGUGGCUUUUUAAAAAACUGAAACAAGAUCAGAUGGAUUCAGGGAGGUCGUCUGCCGAUGAAUGUGAAAUGCAGAGCCUCCAUUUUCAGUUGCAGUUUACCAGAUGCUGGAAACAAACCCCUGGAGGUGGGGAGGUGGUGUUUCUGCUUUCCCAACCGGCUUGGUGAGCUUCCCAAAGAUGCCAAAUGGGUUUCUUAGGGACUGAUCUGGAAAUGAGUCCAAAAGGUUUAACACUCAGGACUUGGCGCCAAGGUUCCUUCUGGGCUUGGUGAGCCCUGUUCUUAAGGGAGAGUUGCAACCUGUAAACGUGUAAAUAAGGUGUUGGUGUGUGCCCCUUUUCCUGCAGCUCAGAAGCAAAAGGCAGCGCUUGUUCACUUCCCAGAAUGUCUAGUUGGCCUCUUCGGGGAACAGGACUCUGGGAGAAAUGGGCCCUUUGGUCUGAGCUGGCGAGCUUCUUCUUCUGCUCUGGCUAGAGAGAAAUUUGGGGGGCAAGAGGGCUGUUGUUGGCCAUGAGCCUCCAGGUCCAAGAGCAGUCUACCUCUAAAAACCGGCAGUUGCAAGGUGGGAGGGGAACAGCGAGGAAGGGCUGCUGCUUCUGGUCUUGUUUGGCCACAGCAGGACUGGAUGGAUCUUUGGCGUAAUCCAACAGGGCUCUUAAGUUUUCUCCCGCCUGGUGUUGGGCGCACAGUUUCGAGUGCUUGUCCCCUACAUUACGGGCUGUGUCGGGGUAAGGAACCUUUUCCAGCCUGCUGUUCCUUCCUAGGCAACCUUCUGGGAUCCAGCUGCCAGUGGUGGGCAAGGCUGGAAGCAAGCGAGGCCGGAGCGUCAAAUCCACAAUUUUUCCUUUGUACAAUAGGCUAGUUUCUCCACACCUUCACAGACCCUUCUCUUGCUCCCUGUCCAGAGGCAGUUUGGGGAUCAUGUUCCCUGUCCAGCAGAAACUCUCCAGAAGGGUGUGGAGUCAUGCUGGUGUUGGUUUAGAGCAGGCAUCCCCAAACUGCGGCCCUCCAGAUGUUUUGGCCUACAACUCCCAUGAUCCCUAGCUUAACAGGUCCAGUGGUAGGGGAAGAUGGGAAUUGUAGUACAAAACAUCUGGAGGGCCAAAGUUUGGGGAUGCCUGGUUUAGAGAGACUGCCAAGGGUCACAUAAUGAGGCCUAAAGGUAAAGGGACCCCUGACCAUUAGGUCCAGUUGUGACCGACUCUGGGGUUGCGCACUCAUCUCGCGUUAUUAGCCGAGGGAGCCGGCGUAUAGCUUCCAGGUCAUGUGGCCAGCAUGACAAAGCUGCUUCUGGCAAACCAGAGUAGCACACGGAAAUGCCGUUUACCUUCCCGCUGUAGCGGUUCCUAUUUAUCUACUUGCAUUUUGACCUGCUUUCGAACUGCUAGGUUGGCAGGAGCUGGGACCAAGCAACGGGAGCUCACUUCGUCACAGGGAUUCGAACCGCCGACCUUCUGAUCAGCAAGCCCUAGGCUCAGUGGCUUAACCCACAGCGCCACCUGGGUCCUAAGGGGCCACAUUUAUCCCCCUUUCCCUGCACUCAGCCACCUGUUUGUCAUCCCUGAGAUAUGGGACUUGGCCCCCAAAUCCUAAAAGGGAGGUGAGGUUUUCCUAUCUGAGCCACACCGUACAUUAGGAGAACAUAGCUUCCUCCCCCCCCCCAAAAAAAUAAAAUCUUGGGAACUAGUUUGUUAAGGGUGCUGAGAAUUAUAGCUUCGUUAGUGGUAAACUACCGUUCCAAGGAUUUGGGAUGGGGGCCUUGCUGUGUGCUUUAAAGUCUAGUAUGGUUGUGGCCUUUAUCUCAGCUUGCAAAGGUUCUGCCACUGUUUACUCCAGGGGGAGAGUCCUUUUACAGUGCAAUCCUACGCCAUGUCUACUCAGAAGUAAGUCUCAGGCCCCAGCUGCAUCAUACAUUGGAGACUCUGUGAUGCCACUUUUAAUCAGUUGGGGAUUUCCCCCAAGAUAUCCUGGGAAUUGUAGUUCAUUAAGGGUGCUAAGAGUUAUGGCGGUCAAUGGAUUGAGGUUAAAUCCGGACAAGACAGAAGUACUGUUUUGGGGGGACAGGAGGCGGGCAGGUGUGGGCGACUCCUUGGUCCUGAACAGGGUAACUGUGCCCCUGAAGGACACAGCCUGGGAGCAAUUUUGGACUCACAGCUGUCCAUGGAGGCGCAGGUCAGUUCUGUGUCCAGGGCAGCUGUCUACCAGCUCCAUCUGGUACGCAGGCUGAGACCCUACCUGCCCGCAGACUGUCUCGCCAGAGUGGUACAUGCUCUGGUUAUCUCCCUCUUGGACUACUGCAAUGUGCCCUACGUGGGGCUACCUUUGAAGAAAACUGCAACUAAUCCAGAAUGCGGCAGCUAGACUGGUGACAGGGAGUGGCCGCCGAGACCAUAUAACACCGGUCUUGAAAGGCCUACAUUGGCUCCCAGUAUGUUUCCAAGCACAAUUCAAAGUGUUGGUGCUGACCUUGAAAGCCCUAAACGGCCUCGGCCCAGUAUACCUGAAGGAGCGUCUCCACCCCCAUCAGCCCAAAAAACAGGUCCAGUGCUGAGGGGCUUCUGGCGGUUCCCUCACUGCAAGAAGUGAGGUUACAGGGAACCAGGCAGAGGGCCUUCUCGGUAGUGGCGUCUGCCCUGUGGAACUAUUUACGUGUGGAAAUAAACAUCUGAAAGCAGCCCUGUAUAAUGGAGUUUUUAAUGUUUGGUGUUUUACUGUGCCUGGUGUUUGCUGAAAGCUGCCCAGAGUGGCAUAUAAAUUAUAAAUUAUUAUUAUUAUUAGGAGACACACACACACCCUCACACUACCCCCCUCAAAGAGCAACAAUUCCUGGAGUGGUUUAACAAUUGGUCCCUCUUCCUAGGGAACUCUGGGGGUUUUUGUUCUGUGAGGGGGGAUAGUGGGGUCUUCCGACAAUUCUCAGCAACCUUAACAAACUACAUUUCCCAUGAUUCUUUGGUGGGGGAAGCAAUGACUGCCCCAGGCGGCAUGAUACUGCGUUCAGUAUACAGUGGUAUCUCGGUUUAAGAACAGCUUAGUUUAUGAACAGCUUGGAUUAAGAAUGCUGCAAACCCAGAAGUAGGGGUUUUGGUUUGUGAACUUUGCCUUGGAAGCAGAACAUGUUCCGCUUCCUGUUGAGUGUGUUCCAUUUGUAAAUUGAGUCCCCCGCUGCUGUGGGAAAGCACGCCUUGGUUUAAGAACGCUUUGGUUUAAGAACGGACUUCCAGAACGGAUUAAGUUCAUAAACCAAGGUACCACUGUAUAGGGCAGAUGGCACCUGAGUCUCCAGGCUGCCGGUUCUUAACACUAAACAUGUAUACGCAUCAUAGCAUUGCUCCGAAAAGUCAUUUCAUGUGAUGCUAAAUGCCUUUCGUUUGCCGAAUUGUCUAUUUAAAAUGGGUGAUGUAUUGUCUAAACGGAAUAUGUACAUGUCUUUCUAUUUUGUUUAGUUUUUUCUUUGCAAAUAUGCAUGGGUAAAAAAUUUUUUUACUGUCCUUGUGGCUUGGGAUGCUAUGUUUAUAUGCCUGUAUAUAGUAUAUGCUUGUGCACUUAUGUAUGCCUUGACGGACUCCGUAUGUGUUAAAUUGUCAACAAUGCCAUUCAGGUACCCAUUAUUACUUAACCUGCGGCUAUGCAACUCUGGAAAUUUCAUUUGCAGUGUUACCCAUUCCACCACGCCCCUGACUUUGCCAAAGAACUCUCUGCCUUACUCCAGCCUUUACAAUUUGUCUGCAAAAGUUACUAGUCCUCAUCAGAGGAAGAAAGAAUAAACUGUCCAAGCAGACCUGUGUUAGCCAUGAAGUACCAAUGGCCUAGAUUGUGGGGUUUGGGGGGAUAUCUCUUCUAAUUUUACAAAAGCUUCCCAGUCUAUUUGCCCCAGGCAAGUAGUUAUUUCUUUAUCCUUCCUAAGUUUACACCCAGGAACCAUUUUCUGGCUUCUAAAAUUUAUUUAUGUGCAAUGCAUGAAUACCUCUGUAGAUUUUCUGCAUCUUUUGGGCGUGUGUGUCUCUGUGUGUUUUAUUUUAUUUUAUCAGCUGGUCCCCGUAAAGUCCCUUGAUGCCCAUGUUUAAUGGAUAUCCAUGAAUGCUUCUUUCCAGGAGAGAAAAUUUGGACCUUUUCCUGUUCUUGCUUUGAUAACAAUGCUUUAUAUUGCAUUGCCUUCUUAACCAAACUGAUGCCGUCUAGUUUGCACCGAGAGAUUCCGUUUUGAGGUUGUGAAGUUCUGUUUACAAAAGGAGGCCUCGAUUUGUGGGAAGGGAUCAGCCAUUGCUUCUCCAAGCCUUAAGUCAUUUUCUGUUCGAUUUCCGGCGGGUCGAAUCCAGGCAGACAAUGGCACGAGAGCUGCCACACACCUGUUGUCCGGCUGAUCUUCCUGACCUUUAUUAUUAAUCUCACUUCCCCACCCCCAGAAAGAAAAAUAUAUGCUUGAUGUUACUCCAAAUCUGCAUGAUUAAUUAAGCCAUUGAACUCACGGGAGGGGAGGGAUUUUAUUGGGAUUGACUAAAUUCCAUGGGGCUAUGAUGCCACAUGUGCAUCUGUCAUGGAUGCUUUCGCUGAGAUUCCUGCCUUGCAGGGGGUUGGACUAGAUGAUCCUUGGGAGUCCCUUCCAAUUCUCUGAAUCUAUGAUUCCAGGCGUAUACCCAGCUGGAGUUUAUGGACCUUAAGCGAUGGUGUUUUGGGAACGUUUGGGAUUCUUUGUCUGGCUCUUAUAUGGCGGGACUUUGUCUGUGAAACGCAUGCUUUCCGACUCGAGUGGUAAAUUACACUCAAACGAUCCGAUACCCUGCCGUCUCUGGCUGGGAACAACCGAAGGCAGUGCUAGCUAGUGGUUUCAGUGUUGAUGAUUAUCGUCUUGUCUGCCAGUUGUGUGUGCCUGAUAUGCUGUAUUUCUUAAAUAAAUAUUCUUUUGAUUUCAUAAUGCUAUAGUGUUUUUGUCCUGUGUGUUCAGGGGCUCUGCCCCAGGUCUCUCUCUAAGAAGAGUACUAGAGCCAUCUGCUACAUUUACCUCUCACCUUUCCUCCAAUGAGUUCUAGGUGGUGUACAUCAUUCUCCUCCCCAUUUUGUCCUCACAACAACAACCCUGUUAGGUAGGUUAGGCUUCCCGUCGAGAUGUGAAAGGCGCCCAAUCUCUGCACUUUCUGGAGACAAUUGUUGCUCCAACAGGCUGGAUUAAUGGCUUUUUACCACAAGGGUCCACCUGUUAGGCUUUUAAAUGUAUUUGCUGUUCUUGUGAUUUAAAGCAGUUUUCAAUUGUGUAUAAAUUGCCUUGAAAUGGUGGUUUAGUGAGGCAAUUCAUAAAUCAAUAGAAAUUAUAAUGACGGUUCUCUUGGCAGGGGGAGCCACAGAUUCCUGUAGCCCAG